AUGGCCUCGCUGGAUGAGAGUAUUACCAUUUCUCCUUCCAUAGUGAGUGUUCAGGAGCUCAUAAAACGGCCCUUGGGCUCCGUUCCUGAGAGUUUCAUUCGUCUCGAGCAGGCCCCUCACGAGCCUCCCUUAAACUCUGAUAAUCUUCCAUCGAUUCCAACCAUCGACCUAAAGAAACUAUUGGAGUCAUCGGACAAGAGCUUGAACGAUGAACUCAAGAGGCUGCACUUCUCUUGCAAAGAGUGGGGUAUGUUUCAGCUGGUGAACCACGGGGUCAGCUCAUCAUUUCUGCAAAAGCUAAGGCAUGAGAUCGAAGAAUUCUUCAAGCUUCCUUUGGAAGAGAAGGUGAAGUACAAGCAGAAUCCCGGAGAAAAUGAAGGAUAUGGGAACGUGGUGAGGACGGAGAAGAAUCUGCUCGACUGGGGCGACAGACUCCUCAUGACAAUCAAUCCCAUUUCUUUGCGGAAGCCCCAUCUUUUUCCCGAGCUCCCCGCAUCACUCAGGAAUACCUUGGAGACCUACAUAAAAGGUCUUCAAGAAAUCGCCAUUCAGAUCCUGAGAUCUCUGGCACUAUGUCUGGACAUCGACAAGGAUCUAAUAAUAGAUAUUUUUGAAGAAGACAAGGGGCUCCAGCUUAUGAAGAUGUCCUACUACCCGCCCUGCUUGCAGCCUGAAUUGGUUGUCGGGCUAACCCCACACUCCGACGCCACGGCAAUCACAAUUCUUCACCAAAUCAACUGUGUAGAUGGCCUCCAGAUUAAGAGGAAUGGUGUUUGGCUCCCUGUCAACAUAUUGCCUGAUGUGUUCAUUGUGAAUAUCGGGGACGUCAUGGAGAUUUUGAGCAAUGGGACUUACCGUAGCAUCGAGCACCGGGCAAUGGUGAACACCGAGCACGAAAGGAUCACCCUGGCGCUGUUCUUCAACCCCAAGCUGGAUGCAGAAGUUGGCCCGGCGGCUUCACUUAUAGACCCUAAUAAUCCAGCAUCACUCUUUAGGAGGAUUACAUUGGACAAGUUCGUGAAAGAGUUCUUCUCCCAUAAGAUGGAUGGAAAGUCGCACUUAGAUCGGUUGAGGCUCACCGGAGAUGAUGAGGUCAACGAAACUCAAUGAAGGAGCCAGUAUCCCAUAUUAAUGAGUGUGUGUAUAUAUAUCUAUAUAUAUAUAUAUGGAGAAUAUGUAUAUAUAUCCGUAAUACAAGGAUGGACACGGGAUUUAGAAUCAAAGGGGCAUGGGGUCCUUGGAGGGGCGAAUAAGAACGUGAAUAUAAUUCUCUAAGUUAACUAGGGAGAAUGAAACAACAGUAACUUUACGAUAUAAUUGAUAACAUAUAAAUGCUAAAGCUUUGGCCCUCGGUC